GGGAGGAGCGCGGCCGGGAGGCGGCGGCGAGGAGGAGGAUGCUGAAGAGCUGCGGGAGGAAGCUGCUCUUGUCCCUCGUGGGCUCCAUGUUCACCUGCCUGCUGGUGCUCAUGGUGGAGCCGCCGGCGAGGCCGGGGCUGGCUCGGGGCGAGGCCGGCGGGGCGCAGCGGGCGCUGCAGAGCCUCGGGGCGGCGGCCGCACCCCCCCCGGCGGCUCAGGGCCCCCCCGGGCUCCGCAGCUUCGCCGAUUACUUCGGGCGGCUGAGCCGAGCCCGGCGGGAGGUGCCGGCCGCCCCCCCGAGCCCCCCGCGGCCGCCGGCGGAGGACAUCUCCCCCCGCGAUGUCUUCAUCGCAGUCAAGACCACCAAGAAGUUUCACAAGGCGCGGCUGGAGCUGCUGCUCGACACUUGGAUCUCCCGCAAUCGCGACAUGACCUUCAUCUUCACAGACGGGGAAGAUGAGGAGCUGAAGAAGCAAGCACGAAAUGUCAUCAACACCAACUGCUCGGCUGCCCACAGCCGCCAGGCCCUGUCCUGCAAGAUGGCUGUGGAGUACGACAAGUUCAUCGAGUCUGGCAGAAAGUGGUUUUGCCACGUGGACGAUGACAACUAUGUGAACGUGCGGAUGCUGGUGAAGCUGCUCUCCAGCUACCCUCACACACAGGACAUCUACAUUGGGAAGCCCAGCCUGGACCGGCCCAUCCAGGCUACAGAGAGAAUCAGUGAGAACAAGAUGCACCCUGUGCAUUUCUGGUUUGCCACGGGCGGAGCGGGGUUUUGUAUCAGCCGGGGGCUGGCACUGAAGAUGAGCCCGUGGGCCAGCGGGGGCCACUUCAUGAGCACAGCAGAGAAGAUCCGCUUGCCUGAUGACUGCACCAUUGGCUACAUCAUUGAGUCUGUGCUGGGCGUGAAGCUCAUCCGGAGCAACCUCUUCCACUCACACCUGGAGAACCUCCACCAGGUGCCCAAGACAGAGAUUCACAAACAGGUGACGCUAAGUUAUGGCAUGUUUGAAAACAAGCGCAACUCCAUCCACAUGAAGGGAGCCUUCUCCGUCGAGGAGGAUCCAUCCAGGUUUCGCUCUGUGCACUGCCUGCUGUACCCUGACACGCCGUGGUGCCCGGCCAACGUGAUUUACUAGGAGAUGCGUGUCCCCUCCAACCUCGUCCCGAAUUUCCCCGGUAUCCGACGGGCGUGUGGGACCUGUGUGUGGGUGUGUCGGUCCUGCCUCGCCAUGAGGCAGACGGAUGGACGUCGUUGCUGUGGUAUUGCACAGUGUGUGUGUACUGAAGGCUGCUGUGCGGCCCCUUGUUCCCUGCCCUGCCUGCCCAUGCCCGCUGUCCGCUCCGUCUGGGACGGCGGGGAGGGAUGGGUCCUGAGCACUUAACUGCUGGGCACCCCUGCAGCGCUAGCGGGCCCCACGCCAUGCGUGAGGAGUGACCGCAGGUGCUGUGUGGCUCUGCCACCCCCAGGCUUGCUUCUCUUUUUUUUUUUUUUGAACUUUUAAAUGUUAAGAUUUUUUUUGUUGUGUACCUCCCUACUCUGCUCCUGUAACCCCUUGCCUACCCCAUGCUCUCUCCCAACCCCAAAAUCUCAGCAGCAAAGCUCCGUCUCCCCAUUUGGGUGAAGGGUUGCAGGCGAGUUCUGUUCCCUGGCUCGGCAGGCAGGCAGGGGAAACGUGGCCAUGGCAAACACUGCUGCAGAGCUGCGCUGGAGGGAGACCGUGGGUUGGGCUGUGAGCUGACAUUGGCCUCGGCUCUGUUUCCUGGAGAUCCCUCCGACUGGCUGAACUGUUGCCGGCAGCAUUGAUCUAUGCAUGAUUUAUAGAGACUAAUAUAAAGACUUUCUAUAAAUACGGGGGGGGUGGGAGAAGAGCGUUUUUGAAGCCACUGCUGUGAUGUGGAUGCUGUGUCUGCCCAGGGUCUCCCUCCAGUGCUGCCUCCCUGCGUGUUCCCCGGCCGGCAGCGGGUGCAGGCAGGCUGGGCGCAGGCAGCCUCGCACCUUUGCAAAGCAGCACUUCAAGGUCUGACCAGGGACUAUGUGUGGGUGUCUUCCCUCUCAUGGCGCUGGAGCAUCUUCCAGCCCUGGCCUGGCUGUGUGCGCUGCUGCGAUGGUCAGAACACCCGAGAGGUGCCUGGAUGGGGAGGUGUAGUGUUUUCCAGCCUGGCUGCUGCUCUGUCCUUGCCAAGAGCCAGGGGGGAUUUAGCAGGUAAGGGAGAGGGACCCUGCAUCCCUGCCGGCCACCCUGCCUGCCAUCGCCAGCCCUGCACCCUCCAGCUGGAGCUGAACAUUUCCAACCCAAAGCUGAGUGAAAAUAGCCCAUAAUGGGUGCGUUGUAAAUAUGUUAUUAAGCCAGUAUUUUUUUACUGUGCCUUUUUUUUUUUUUUAAAGAAAAAAAAACGUUGAGAAUUAUGUAGAUUUUAAAAUGCUUUUUAUACGUUUUCUGUGGAUCGGAAAAAAAAAAUCCCCAACCUUCUGAUAAUCUGUUUAAGAAAGAAAAGAAAAAAUUGCAAUGUCUUGUAACUAUCACUUACUUUAAUUUAUAUGUUCCAGUAUCUGGAACAUCAGUCUGCUUUUUGUAACUAGGAUGUGUUUAAUGCAAUAGAUGUGGGAUGGGGAACCAGCAUGGACAGUGUGUUCUCAGGGACUUGAACCCGAUUGCUGCCACGGGUUCCCCGUGGGAGCCCUCACCAAUAAAGCAGUUUUUUUGCUGAC